ACCAAGUAUAAACAAUAGAGAGACGAAUGACGAUUGGCUGUACUGUCGCUAAGUCAACUAUUAACCGCCAAUCGCACAUCAUUAUUUUUUGGUUUCAAGAGAAUUUUCAAUCUCCCUUAUCCCCCCUUUGCCCCAUUCAUCCCCUCAUCCAAUUGGAUACGAUUCUUGACUGUCUCGAAACCCCUAAAGUAGUCCCCCCACAACAUCACAGUAUUCAGCGGGUAGACUCGACCGGCCAUUUCUAUCGGUCGUGCAUAGCGACGACUUUGAUAUCGGUUGGAAACAAAUAUUAAAGAGAAAGAGAGAGAGAGAGAGAGAAGAAAUUUUUUUUUUUCACACACUUUGUGCGGGUGUUCCCGGAAUAAUUUGCAAAAUAACGCGACGCAAAAGGAUGAUACACUCCGGGCGGACGAGGCUCGAGAAAAAAGUAAGUCGAGUAGGAGUGGGCGGAGGGGGCCAAGUCGGUCAAGGGGUACAACCGGUCGAAGAAUCAGGUACCGGUGGUCAAUGGUGGAGACAGCAACAUCCUUCGUAUCAUCAUUAUCAUCAACCUCAUCAUCACCACCACCAUCAUCAUCAUCAUCAUCAAGGCAAUUACUAUACGUCCCAAUCGCAUUCUCACAACAAUCCAGUUGCCACUAUGAAGCAGUCUUAUAUGCAGCUGACAUGGGUUUUUCACGAUGACGAGGCCCAAAUUAAUAAAAAACUGCCAAAGGAAUUACUUCUCAGAAUUUUGUCGUACUUGGAUGUGGUAUCAUUGUGCCGAUGUGCCCAAGUGAGCAAGGCCUGGAAUGUAUUAGCUCUCGAUGGAUCUAACUGGCAAAGGAUUGAUCUGUUUGACUUUCAACGAGAUGUAGAGGGACCAGUUAUAGAAAAUAUUUCAAGACGAUGUGGAGGAUUCUUACGGCAAUUAUCAUUAAGGGGAUGUCAAAGUAUUGGAAAUCUUUCAAUGCGAACAUUAGCUCAAUCAUGUCCAAAUAUUGAGGAACUUAAUUUGAGUCAAUGUAAAAAGAUCUCUGACGCUACUUGCGGAGCAUUAAGUAGUCAUUGUCCAAAGCUCCAACGACUGAAUCUGGAUUCUUGUCCAGAGAUAACCGAUAUCUCAUUAAAAGAUCUCUCAAAAGGUUGUCCACUUCUUACACACAUUAAUUUAUCAUGGUGUGAAUUACUCACCGAUAAUGGUGUUGAGGCACUUGCAAGAGGUUGUCCUGAAUUACGUAGCUUUUUAAGUAAAGGCUGCCGACAACUCACCGAUAGGGCUGUCAAAUGUUUAGCACGCUAUUGUCCCAAUCUUGAAGCAAUUAAUCUUCACGAAUGCAGGAAUAUAACCGACGACGCUGUAAGGGAAUUAAGUGAACGAUGUCCUCGUUUGCAUUACGUUUGUAUUUCAAAUUGUACGAAUCUAACGGAUGCAUCCUUAGUCACAUUGGCACAACAUUGUCCUCUUCUCAGUGUUUUGGAAUGUGUUGCUUGCAAUCAUUUUACCGAUGCAGGAUUCCAAGCACUUGCCAGAAAUUGCAGAUUAUUAGAAAAAAUGGAUUUAGAAGAAUGUACUCUCAUAACGGACACAACACUUAUUCAUUUGGCAAUGGGUUGUCCAAGACUGGAGAAAUUGAGUUUGUCGCAUUGUGAGUUGAUUACCGACGAGGGAAUUCGGCAAUUGGCUUUAUCCCCUUGUGCUGCGGAACAUCUCGCUGUCUUAGAAUUGGAUAACUGUCCACUCAUCACAGAUGCUAGCCUAGAUCACCUUUUACAAGCAUGUCACAAUCUGGAACGUAUAGAGCUUUAUGACUGCCAAUUAAUCACUAGAAAUGGCAUACGCAGACUCAGGACUCAUCUACCGAAUAUAAAAGUCCACGCGUAUUUUGCACCAGUGACACCGCCUCCGAGUGCUGGCGCCUCGCGGCAACGAUAUUGUCGAUGUUGCGUUAUUCUGUGAUUUCCUUAAGGAAAAAAAAAUGGAUUGUAGUUCGUCCUGAAUGACGCAAAAAAAAAAUAUAAAGGAAGCCACGGAUUCGCAAUUAUCGUUGAAUUGCAAAUCGCAGAAAAAUGGCAAGAUUUGUCAACAUGGUUCUGCUCACUGCCUCCCCAAAAAUAGUGAUUGCAGAUCAUAUUUGUCAUCAUCUCAUUGCUAUAAAAUGCGAAUUUCUUUUAUUCUCUCUUCGCAAAAACCACCCAGUGCAACGAGUAUACAAUCAUCGUUUAAGAAUAUAAAGAAACACAAAAAAAACACCAUCGAGGACAUCACACCAUCGCCACAAAAAAUUUUUUGCAGCUAUUUUAUUAUUUUAUUAUUAAUAUUAAUUAGUUAAUUAUUAUUAAUACUAUUUAAUUUACACGAAAGAUAAGUUCUUUCUUCUUUUUUUUUUUAAAUACAGUUACUAGUUUUUACUAGUUGGGCGCAACUUCUCUAUUAAUUGGACUAUUGUCCUGACAAUAGGUGACAGUAUUUUAAUAACGUCUCUUGUCGCACAAUGUUUUUUUUUCUUUUUUUUUUUUAAUAUAGCAAAGAAAAAAGGGAAAUGUAUUUUUACAGUAUUACGAUAAAAAUAAUAUUGUAAUCUGUCAAGUUAUAUUGUCCUUGCUGUGUGCUACUGGUGGUUCGUUAAAAAAAAAAUGCAUUUUAGUAUUUUUGAUCUUAUUAUAUAUUAUAUAAUCUGAGGGUAGUCGAUGUUUCUAUCCUUAAUGGACUGGAUUUUAGAUGUCCCACACAAAACGCUAUAGCGUCUCCUUCUAAAUGUCCGGACUAAUAUUUCAUGACUAAAAAUCACACACGGACUUUGGAGAGUUCAGACUGACAAACGAAUCAAAGCGUUAAAAAAAAAAAAAAAAAAAAAAAAAAACUCGAUUGAUUAUUUAUCAGCAUUAAAACGCUGAUAUUUUUAUUCCUUAAGACUACAUAGAUACACAUGUAAGAAAAAAAAAACAAAAAAAGUGAAACAAGAUAACAAUGACGAAUUUACGAGAUUUUCGUUAUAAUUCCAAUUUCUCGAGAAUUUAUUUAACGUCAAUGGAACUUGUAAAAGUUUGUGAGACUCAUUUUUUUGAAGAGUAUCUCAAAAUUUUUAAUCUUUUUUUUUCAAUGAUUGUAAUUCGUUUUUUGAAAUCUAAAAUGCGACAGUUUUUAUAAUUAAUUAUUAACAGUUUUAAUAAUUAAUUUUACUAUUAACAAUAUAAUUAAUAUUUUUUAUUUUAUUAAUUUUUUUGUAUAUUAUUAUUAAUUUUUAAUUAAUCAAAAUAUGACAAUUUUAAGUAAUAAGUAAUUUGUCAUAUUAAUUAAUAAACUAAAAAGUUUAGAAGUCGCCGAUAAAUUUUCUCCUUCUCUUGAAUUAUAUACAAAAAAAAAAUAUUUUUAAUUUUUUGUUCAAGAGAAUGUGGGAAAAAAUCAGAAAUUUGAAAAAGCGAAUUUUUUCUUUAAUAAAUAAAGAGAAUUAAAGGAUCAGUUUUGAUUACUCUUCAAAAAUAAUUGUCUGCAUAUAUGCAGAGAUAUAUUUAUUCUCAACACAAAAAAAAAAAUGAUAAAUGUUGAAUUAAGACUGCGAAAUGCUUGGCUUUUGAGAACUGAAACAGAAUUCUCUAAUUUGAGAAAGAUAUUUAUUAAUUUUUUUACGAGCAAUAAAAAUAUUGCCCACUUAUAAGUGUCGAUAUAAAAAAAAAUAUAUUGGAACAUUUAACCAAAAAAGAAAAGAAAAAAAAUUACGAUAAUCGUAAAUUAAAAUUUGUAAGCUUUCUAAAUGUUAUAACGAAUUUUUAAUAUAUAACUUAAAUUCUAAAAACAUUAUUGAAAAUGCAAAAAACUUUUUUCUUAUCAAGAAAAAGUUUUCAAUUACAAAGAUUCUUGAAUUUGCAUUUUUUUUUCUCUAAUUUAUCAUUGAGAAUUUAGAAAAAUAAAUUUUAGAAAUUAAAAAGAAAAAGAAUUCAACUGAUAAAAAUUAUUUUAUUAUAAAAAAUAUACUCAAAUGAACUAGUUUUAGUUUCAAUUUUCCAUUUGUGAUAGAUUCUCAAGUUCUGUGAUGAAAUUUUAAAUUCUGGUUCAUGAAUUUUUUUUUAGAGAAUUGAAUGAAUUCUUCUCAAAUAAAAAAAAAAUAUUCCAAGAAUCUUUAGUAAAUAAAUUCGUAAACGAAUAAUUCUCUAAAUUAUUGUAAGAAUUGAGAAAAAAAAGUACUUUAGAUAAAUGUAAACUUGUAGAUGAUAGAAAUUCUUUUUACGAAAAGAAAUUCAUUAAUUGAUAAAAAAAAAAUGUCAUUUAACAAAAUUCUAUUCUGGUUAAUCAACACCAAGCAAUUCAGAACCAUAAACUGUUUUAAUUCAACACCAAAAUUACAAAAACUCGCAAUAUUCUACAAGUAUAAUAGGGAGGAUUUAAAUUUAAAUUUUUUGAUAUUUCUUACGAGAAUUUUUUAAAUUUAACUCAAAAAGAAUUCUCCUCUUUUGAAAAAUUCUUUUUUAAUUGAACUCAGAAAAACUUUUCUCAUUGACUAAUUAUAUAAAUUUAUAAUUAAUUGCAAUAAAAUCAUGAAUGGCAUUUGUAAUGUGACAUGAUUUUGAUAAAUUUUUUUUUUUUAAUUUUAAUGAAAGUGGGAAGAGAGAGAGAGAGAGAGAGUGAUAGGAAAAUUGUGUUAUCCUCCCUAUAAGUUAUCAUUCAAAUAACGUGAGAAAUCGAGCCAACGCAAAAAUUGAGCGAAAAGAUAAAUAAAUGCUCUUGUAGCGUAAUCGUAACGCGUUAGGUUAAAUUAAAUGUCUCUGAUUAAAAAAAAAAAAAGAAAAAAUAAGAAAAAAGUAAAAAAAAAAAGUAUCGGUUGCUAACCUUGGUAGCGUUUAAGAGAGUACCGCGUGUACGUACUCUGAUAAUUGUAGGGCAUAAAAGAAAAAAAUAAACGGAUGGAUAAAAUAUAAUAGAUAUACAACACUUCAUAAAAAAAAAAAAAAUAUAGAUAAGAUAUGUUUUAUACGCUGUAUGUCGUCCUUAGAGGAAUAUGUGAUCAUUGUCAAGUGUCGUACGAAGUCAGAUACAUAUAUAUGUAUGUGUAAUUUCAAAACGUACAAUUAUAUCGGUCAAAUCCUACAAUUGCAGAUAGGAUUUCCGGUAUUGCGUGCAAUCUCCUUCUGUCAGUAACUUUUCUACUUUUCAUUUUUCUAUUUUUAUCAGCUUUUUCUUUUAUUUUUUUUUUCUUAAUAUUAAUAAAUUAUAUUAUUAUUAAUAAUUAUUAUUUAACUAUUAUAGUUUUAAUUUUUAGUUAUAAUAAUGAUUAUUAUAAAUAAUUAUUUUUUCCCUUUUUAAUAAUUAUUUUUUAUACUUUUUUUUUGGUAAUUUAGAAAAUUUUUCUGUUUAUUUUGCUAAUAAUUUUUUUUUUGUUACUGAUACCACACUCAUUCCACUCUGGGAAUGAGACCACAGUAGGUUCAAAUAGACGCAACAAUUAGGAGUGAAUUUUUUUAAAAUUAAAGAUGUCGUAUUUAUGACAUUAAAAAAGUUAAAAUAAUUUUGUAAAUUUUUUUUUCUUGAAGAAUUUUUUAUAGGAAAUAACUAAUUUAAAUAAAAAUUUAUUUUUAUCUAGAUAUUGAAUUUUUUCAUGGUAAUUUUUUGAAUAAUUUUCGAGAAUUGACAAUUUUAAUGAAUUUAAAUAUUUGCACAAAAAAUAUUUUUUUUUCUACCAUUUAUAGAAAUUUUUACAAUAAAUAAUAAGGCAUAAUUAAUUGAUAUGUAUUAAUCAAACAAGUUUUUGAUCCAUGUUUGGAUUUUUUAUUACAUAUUCUUUGAAAUAUUUUUGUAAAUCCAAGCCAAAUUUUUCAUUUAUUUUUAUCUAAUAAUAAUUCUAAUUGUGCAAUUGCUUUUUUUUCUAUUUCAAGUUUUGGAUUUUUUAAGGAAUCUUCUGUCUUUACUUUAUUUUCAUUUUUUAAUUCUUCUUCUUCGAGUUUCUUUCUUAGAGCACAACUUUAGACAAUGAAAAUUGUCCCUUACUCGACUUUCAAUUCUUUCUUGAAUUUUAUCUUUCAAGAUUUCUUUUUUAUUUCUCUCAAUAUGUUGCGCUUCUUCUAUUAGUAGUUUUUUUUUUCUUGACGAUGUAUAAAUUUUUUUCGGUUCUUUCGCUUUACUUUAUUUCGAAUUAUUUAAAAAAAAAAUUUUUUCCCCCUCAAAUGUAAAAUCAAAUUAUCAUUAUCUUUAUUAAAAAAAAAAUGUCAUAAUUACGACAUCUUUCGAGUAUCAAAAGUGUCAUAUAUUUGAAUAUUUAUUGUUGUUUUUUUUUCUGAAAAAUAAAUUCACCUUCUAAUCUUUAUUCACUGUGAUUCGAAAAGCACAAAUGAGAGAAUUAAGAAGCUAAUAUACUAUUUUUGAACUAUACAUAAUUCAAAAUUUGGUGGAAACGACAGAACCAGUUCUAGAACGAAUCAAUGUUUCUUCUAAAUUUAUCUAGGAAAGAAAAAAAGAAAAAAAAAAAAAAGAAAGCAAAAUAUAUUUUUUACCCUCUCUCGAAUUUGUUUUAUAUUUUGAAUUCACAGUGAAGGAGAUUUUAAAAUGUGAUUAUUACAAUUGCACUCAUUUACAAUACCAACUCAGGAAUCAAAGUGAAAAUAUGCUAGGAAUCAAGAGAGUUUUUUCUGUGAAAUUCAAAGGUGCCCAAAAAAAAAUUGAAACUUACAAUAUAUUUUUCUGCAAAAAAAUAAAUAUUUUCUUGGAAAAAACUCACGGGCAUAAAAUCCUUGGGAUUUACAUUAUUUUUCUUACAUUAAAAAAAGAGGUAGGAUUUUUUUCUCUCUCUCUUUUUUUUGAAAAAAAUGUAUGAAAUAUUUUCUUAUGAACUUUUUUUUUCUAUUUAAUUAAAAAAUUUUUUUUUUUAUUCCUCUCCGUUUUUAGAAAUAGUCAAGUGUGGUAAAUAAAGUGCAAUUGUAAAUCAGAAAAAAAAAUGUUAUUGACUUCAAAGUACGAGGACUCGUGAAAGGUUCCGUUUCAAGUAUAAAAAAAAAAAAAAAUGAAAAAAAAACAGAACCAGAAAAAUUGUGAUGAUUGAUGAAAAUAAGAAUAUAAACAAUAAUAUUUAAUUAAUCCAUUUCGUCUGACUGUCAUUAUUAACGAUUUCGACCACCGUCAUUUUAUUGAUCACCGCUGCUCUAUUAAUGUGAAAUCGUGUGAACGAAUCGUUGAAAAAAAAAAAAUAAAUAAAUAAAUCGAAUGAUUGAGCAAGUGUUUGGCUGUGCAAGAUGGUACCGUACGAACGUUAACAAAAAAUAUAUAUAAAAAUAUAUAUUAUUAUAAAUCGGCGAAAGUAUUCUGUAUAUAUCUGUUUGUCAUCAUAAAUUCGAAAGUCUCAGAGAGGCGUAAAUUUCGACCAAUUAAUUAAAAUGGCUGAAAAAUAAAAAAAAAUACACAUACACACACUAAUCACCUACGAAAAGAGAUUUAGUUUCGAUUUUUUUUUUUUUUCGAAAAACAACUCGGCCUAUUUGAGCAAAAAAUAAUUUGAGCUUAAUAUGCGCUUCUUUGAAAUGAUCAAACAGAUAUUUAUUUUCAGAUACUUGUAGCUGAUUACAUACAUAGAUCGACAUUUCGCUGCUUCGAUAAGCUGCAGUUUACCAUGUAUAUAUUUUCAUCAAUGUAUGUACAAUAAAAAUAUAUUCGAGACAAA